CUCUUCGUCAGACCAGCCGCUCACUAUUUCCCUGGAAUUUGUAUGAGACGUUUUAUUCAUGGUCUGUACAUCGAGAAAAUAUCGUAACAUAUUUGGAUUAUUUAUCAAUCUUUGUUUAUCAUUUAUAUAAUUCAUUGUUGUUGGUUACUUGGUAUUAUUCAGUGAAUUAAAAAGUGUUUUUGUGGUUUAUAUUAAGUGUGAAACCAAAUGGUUGUGCUCGAAGAAGGAGGAAUGUUGACCACUGGACAUAAUCAGUACUUACAACCGGAUUAUCUUUCUCCGCUUCCAACCACGUUGGAUGCGAAGAAGAGUCCGUUGGCACUUCUUGCUCAAACAUGCAGUCAAAUUGGAGCAGAUACGCCGUCGAAACCUUUAGUAUCUUCUUUGGAGAAGUCAUCGAAAAGUGGAAUGUCUGCGGCAAAUGCCCGGUCGCCGCCGGCAGCCAAGAUGGAAAGAACUCGUGGUAGUCCGUCGGAACCAAAGCCACUCGCUUUUAAACCAUACGAAAUAAAUGUAAUUGCAAAAAAAUCAAGUGAUGACGGUCGACCUGCCUCUAAGGCUAGUGUUCACAGUGCCAGUGGUAAUGAAAGUGUGAGUGCUAGUGAAAAUAAUGUAGAUAAUAAAAAAUUAGGUGGUACUCGAACACCCGUUGGACGUAAAUCCGCAUCACCAGCAAGUGGGAGUACAUCUACAUCAUCAAGUAAUGGGUUAUCAUCAAGUGAAAGAAAAACUCCAGCACAAGAACGAGAAAAAGUUAAUGAAUCACCGCGGAAUAGUGGAGCUAGUCCAAUUAUUCGAUCAGGAAUGGAGGUUUUAUCUGGUGCAGGUCAUCCUAAAGAAAGUAGCUUAAGUGUAUAUAAACAUGCUAGUAGUCUCGGAGGAUUCAGUGGCAAUCCUUUGUGUUGUCCACCUGGACUUACUGAAAAUCCAGCAUUCAGGCCCCCUUUUGCUGGAGCAUCACCUUUUUCCCAUCAUCAUGCAGCAGCAGCCGCAGCUCUUUUGGGCUAUCCGACGGCAACAUCAGCUACCGCUGGUAACCCUUACUUGAGUUAUACGCGGGUCAAGACUCCAGCUGGUGGAGAAACACUCGUUCCCGUCUGCAAGGAUCCUUAUUGCACUGGAUGUCAAUACAGUAUGCAUAAUGCUCAGAUGAUGAUGAGUGGUGCACCUUGUCCAAGUGGUUGUACUCAAUGUGAACAUCAAAAAUAUGGCUUAGCAAUGGCUCUGUCAUCUUUGGGACCAAUGCCACCACCGUCGCUUUCAUAUCCAGCGUCAUUGUCUGGUGGUCGACCCUAUAUUUGUAACUGGAUAGCUGGAGAAACGUAUUGUGGCAAGCGAUUUAAUACGUCGGAAGAAUUACUUCAACACCUGCGAAGCCACACAAGUUUAACGGGAGGUGAUCAUGCUUCAGCAGCUCUUCUUGGUGGACCACAUUCACACCCACAUCCACUUCUAUCACCUUCAGCUGCACUUCAUCGUGCUGCUACUAGUGGAAGCUACCCCGCACCACCACUUAGUCCACUAAGUGCGCGAUAUCACCCGUACGGUAAACCACCCACUGGACCACUUCCAGCAUCACUCAGUGCAUCGCCUUAUAGCGCAUUUAACACUCUUGGUCCGUAUUACUCGCCGUAUGCGAUUUACGGUCAACGCAUCGGUGCUGCAGUUCAUCCCUAGAGACCUACACCGAUAUUCGACCCACCAAAUCCAGACUUUAACUGAGGAUUAUUUAAUGGUUCUAAGAGAAAGAGACUGUUUUUCAUAAAAUAAAAACUUGGAUGGUGAAACCUGUAUAGUGGAAUUUAAUUUAAAUAUGUCUAUAGCGAUAUAUAAAUUGAAAAAAAAAUUUUAAAAAUAUAAAUAAAUAUAUAUAUAUAUACAUAUAUAUAUAUAUAUAUAUUAUACAUAUGGAUACAUAAAUUGAUGAAUAUAUAUUACUACUAAAAAUUUAUUAUUGCAUCUUGACGGCUUUUAUGUCGUACUCCUGCCCAAUCAAAGUGGCGGUACUCUGAAUUGUAUGCCUAUCACAACUUUAUUGAUUUACGAGCAGGUAUUAUAUGAAAUAUUCCGUUUUCACGAUUGUGUCCACUCAAUAUAAAUUAUCAAACAACAUCACGUGUGUAUGCAUGUGUGUAGCGUCGGUAUAUUCAGCUCAUUCAAGCGAAUCUUAAAUUUUUUGUUACAUUUUUCUGUCUUUUCACUUUAACAUUAUGCAUUACAAAUUCUUCUUAAUUUACUCUCACUUUACAGCAACAACAAGAACAAAAAAAAGUGUACAUAAUGCUAUUAUACAUGUAAAAGGGAAAUUUUUAUUUAUAAAUAACAAUGUCCUGAUAAAAAUCGUUGUUAUUGAAUAAUUAAUCAAUUGUUAAUAAAAAAUUAAUUUUUUAUCAGCUUCGUAUAGGAUAAAUAAGAGAAGUUUUUUAUUUCUCAAGUUAUUAUUGUUACAAGUAAAAUAAAUUUAUCACAAUUAUUACAUAUAAUUAUUUCAAACUGUUUAAGUUUUGAGAAAAUUACAGACAUUGUCUGCUAUCAAUAUAAUUAUUUUUUCAUGUAAAAAAAAUUGUAAUUACUGGAUAAUUAUUUAUAACUACUUUCAAAAAAUUAUAAAAAAAUUUUUUUAUAGCCUGCGUUUUAAUUAUUACUAAAUAGUUUUUAUUUUAUCGACUGAUUGUUUAUAGUUAUUUCCAUUAUUAACAAUUAACAAAGGCGUAUUCACUAUUUGUGCACCGAUUUUUGCAGUGGAACAAAUUAUUUUCAAAAAUGUAUUCAAAAAAAAAAAUUUUGUGACAAUGUUUUUUGUUUAUAAAAAAAAGAAAUAAAAAUGAAAAAACAAUUAAACAACCAAUUUAAUAGACAGGCAGACGAUUAUGUAGCUGAUUUGGGCGACGGUAAUUCGUGUUUUGUGUCCAUUGUAUUGCUGUGAUAUUUAUUGUUCACUGAGAAUAACAAUAAAAAGAGAAAAUGACAGAGAUACAAAUUAGCAUUAAAUAAUACUAAAAUAAUAAUAUAAUAAUAAUAAUAAUAAUAAUAAUAAUAAUAAUAAUAAUAAUAAUAAUAAUAAUAAUAAUAAUAAAAAUGAAUAAAAUCCUAAAGCUUAUAUAAGUAAUUCCAGUGUUAAUAAAUAAAAAGAAAUUCAUACAAAAAUAAAUCAAUGUUUUAUCGACGCACACAAUCAUAUCCGCAAAUAUUCACAAUAUGUCAUUUUUCACAUUGUAAAUAGAAACUGUAAAUAGCGUUGAGUUUCCAUAUUACUUUAAUAAACAUGUUUGUAGAAUCAUAUAAAAA